CUCACAUUGAAUCUCACUCCUCCCUUAAUCAGUCUCCCUAGCCUUCUAAUUCUAGAACGCCUCAACCCCCUUUCAACAACAGGAAAAGGCAAAAUAAUUGAACCCACUCUUCAUUUUCCAGUGUGCUUCGUGUUCGUCAUGUCCCAAACACUUGACGAGACAAGAUCGGUGGCUGAAAGUCUGCCGGAUGCCUCCGUCGGCGCCCCUACUCGGCAGUCCUACAAGUCUUUCAAAAAGAAGUUUGCGAAGCUCAAAAUGAAGUUCGAAAUGCAGAUGGGGGAAAGCGAGGCGCUCAUUCGCGAAGGAUUGCGCAUCGAGGAUCUUUCUAAGAGAAUCCAGGAACAGAAUGAUCAACUUCUAGAGGUUCUGCUUGAAUUCAACGACAGCCUCCACGUGUCUCCCAGUUUACGAUUCGACUUGAGUGCGCCAGGAGAUGAGACCUUCCUGCCACCUCCCGAUCGAGAUAUUCCAGCCUCCUACAAUGAUCCCGCCAUCGCGGGAUCCAUGCUAAAGGAUGCCAAAGGUCGUAUGGCUGCUGGUCGGAUGACUGCUCAUGCCUAUCGUGAACUGGAGGACGAUGUUCGGCGAAGCCAAGCGUUUGCACCGCGCCUACAGUACACGUCCCUAACACAGGUGCCCCAUUCUGCACCCUUGUCCGACAAUCAACCGGAGGAUCAUUAUCCCGCCCACGAGCUUGGAUUCCUGACUCCUGAGCAUGAGACCGAGUACUACCUGGCGUUGGAUGCCAAACUGGGCGAUGAGAGUGCUAUUGAGCAGCUGGUGUCUAUGCCGAGUAAAUCAUCCCUCGUCGAACGUACGCGGGAUGCCAAUUUACGUAUACCGAUAUCCGUGCAUAAUUGGCUUCGACGAAAUCAGCCUCAGAUUUUUCUUCAAGAUAACGAGAACGCUUCCGAGAAGUCUGGCUCUCGGCCCUCGCGUGCGUCUAAGAGAGCCACGGCCCAGGCUCGAAAGGACGAGGAUAUGUAUGACGACGAUGGCGCUUUUAUGGAGACUGCAUCGACCACUGGGGGUGCCAAGGGCAAACGUAAGCGGGACGAAGAUAGUGGAUAUCGGCCCAAGGGUGGCAGCAGCCGUUCAAGCCGGAAGAAGAAGGACAAGGACGAUGAUGGUUCUACUCCUGCGAAGCGGACAUCGAAGCGCAUGGCUAUUACAAUUCUGCCCCCGGUGGUGGAAGAUGUUGACCUGCCCAAUUUCGACUCCGACUCAGAUGCCAUGUCCGUCGAUUCGGAUGGCGGCGUAGAAUUGGCGGCAGGCAGUUCAUCCAGACCCAACAAGCGUCAACGGUUGGUUGAAGGCACCAAUAUUGUCGCCGGAGUCUUGACGCCGGGUGAGGUUGUCACUGAUGAUCCGCAAUGGAUGAGAGGUCAUGGUACCUAUACAAACCCGCUCUCAACUUCAAUCAUCGCCACUGUUGCCGGUACCGUGCAGAAGACCAACAAGCUGCUUUCCGUCCAGCCCCUACGUGCACGAUACACUCCAGAGAUCGGUGAUCUGGUGGUAGGGCGCAUUGUCGAAGUACAGUCCCGCCGGUGGAAAGUCGAUGUCGCCGCUCCAUUACUCGCUCAACUGCCUCUCUCGGCAAUCAACCUACCGGGAGGUAUUCUCCGCCGCCGCACAAGCGCCGACGAACUGCAGAUUCGAACGUUCUUCAGCGAAGGAGACUUGGUCGUGGCUGAGGUGCAGAGUGUACAUUCGGAUGGAGGCGCUUCGCUUCACACGCGGUCUCUGAAAUACGGGAAAUUGAGGAAUGGCGUGUUCCUCGCUGUGACGGGCACGGGCGGCAGUGGCGCAUCUAGCUCGACUGUCAAGGGUGGUGUAGGAAGCGCGGCAGCUGCGACGGGCGCAGUCGGCGGUGUGGUUCGGUCACGGAGGCAGGUUUGGACCGUCAGCACAGCCAAUGGGGGCGGAGAUGUCGAUGUGAUCCUCGGGGUGAACGGCUAUAUCUGGAUUUCGAAGCACGCAGACGGUGCGACGGCGGCCUCGUCGACGACAGAAAACGUUUCAAUCACACGUAUGGAAGAAAUGGUGUCGAGCUCGAUCUACUCCAGUCAGAACGACGAGAUCCCGCCACAGACGAGACGCGAGAUUGCCCGGUUGGCGCAGUGUAUCCGAGUGUUGGUGAACGGAGGUAUCCGGGUUGAUGAGGAGACAGUCAUGAGCGCAUAUGAGGCUAGUCUUCAGGUGGAUCUGGAACUCGGCGAUGACGAGGAUGAAGAUGACAGGCGCCGAGAAGGAAGAGAGUACCUGGAGGGCAGCAAAGCGCAGCGUGUUCUUGAGUUGGUCUUGCAACGGAAAUAAGGGUGUUUGAGGGUAAUUUCUUUUUUGUAUACAUAGAUGACUACGAUUACUCUUGAUAAGAUGUUAAGAUACCCCCUCACUCCCUUCUACUACUGGAUCUCCUCUUUCCCUCCGUCUUGCAAGAUAAAUCACAGUCAACAAUAACUAUGAACC